CAGGCGCCAUCUUGUUUUACCUCAGUAACAACAAACCUGAGGCAGAAGCCUCUCAAUGAGCCGGUUGUGCUGAAAUCUGAUCAAAACGUCAGAUUUUCCAGGUGUUAUUAGUAAAAUUAAGUGUUAUUCUGGUAAAAAUGGAGGUUGAAGAAGGCAGUGCGGCUCAUAAGCGGCGGGUUCACGGGCUCCUGCAGCUUUAUUACGGCCUGAGUGAGGAGGGGAAAGCGGAGCAGACCGAGUCCGCGGAUCCGUGUGACAUCAACGGGCCCCAUUUCGACCCGGAGCUCUACCUCAACAAGAUGAGAAAGGAGUGUUCUCUGGCGGAGCUGAUGGAUCAAGAGAGCUGUAUGGUGAAACAGAUCCGCUCUCUGGACAGUGACAUGCAGACGUUGGUCUAUGAAAACUACAACAAGUUUAUUUCUGCUACCGACACGAUCAGGAAAAUGAAGAACGACUUUAAGAAGAUGGAGGAUGAGAUGGACUGUCUCUCGGCCAAUAUGGCCGCCAUCACCGAGUUCAGCGCCAAGAUCAGCAGCACACUGCAGGGUCAACACACACAGAUCACCAAACUGUCAGGUGUGCACUCUCUGGUGCGUAAGCUGCAGUUCCUGUUCGAAUUCCCGGCCUGGUUGAGGAGGUGUGUUGAGUGUGGUGAGUUUGGGCGAGCCGUCAGUGCUCAGAAGAGAGCUCGCUGCGUCCUCAACCACUAUAACAACAUCACCUCGUUCAGGGGCAUCCAGGACGAGUGCAACACCAUCAUGCUGGAAUUAACACUGCACCUGAGGGACAGGUUUAGUGACAGCAGUGCGAGUGCUAAGGAGCUGUCCGAGUGUGUGGAGUUGCUGCUGCAGCUGGACGAACCGGCCGAGGAGCUCUGUGACAAAUUUCUAAGCCAUGCCCAUUCUAAGAAGGAGGCGGAUCUGCAGGCCUUAGAGGCGGAGCUUAGCGAUUCCAGACCGAGCGUGACCCCAGUGUCUCCGGUGUCCGAGUCGAACCCUUUCCUGUCUCCCGCCGGCAGGAUGGACAUCCUGGAGUUCAUUGAUCGAGGCUGUAACGAGUUUGUCAGUGAUCUGUGUUUAGUUAUCGCUUCCUAUCAGGAGUUAUUUAUUACCCGUCCACAGGGGGGCAACCACGCCCCCAAGCACCUCCCUCAGAUGGCCAAUCAGAAGCUGCAGCAGUUUGUGGACACUUUAGCAGGCAGGUAUUUCAGGAUAGUGGAGCGCAGGAUACAGGAGGAGAAAGGCGUAGGGGACAAUUCCCUCCUGGUGAGAGCGCUGGAUCGUUUCCAUCGCCGCCUCCAGGCUGUGUCCAAACUGCUUCCGGGGUCAGAGGUCGCAAGCCGUGGGACCGACAUCGUUAUUAAUGCGGCACGAGAGCGAAUCAAACAGUACCUGUGCGCGUUACAGAACUUCUACCUGGAUAGCCUGACCGACGUUAGGCAGGCCCUUGCUGCGCCACGCGUCACAGUGGGUGGAGCUAGUGGAGCAGGCAGUUCUGCUGCCAAAGAGGCCCCACCCACCCUGCCAGAGCUCCUGACGUCACUGUCGAACUCCAUUCUCAAUCAGAUCAAAUCAGUGUUAGUGUCUGUGCACCUGUUCACCGCUAAAGACAUCACCUUCUCCAACAAACCCUACUUCAAGGGGGAGUUCUGCAGUCAGGGUGUGAGAGAGGGGCUCAUUGUGAGCUUCAUUAAGUUUAUCUGUCAGACAUCACGUCAGUUCUGUGAGAGCGCAGGUGACCGGAGCAGCUCAACGCCUCCCACUUUACUGCUGCUGCUGUCACGCCUCUGCCUCGACUACGACACCUCCACCAUCUCCUACAUCCUCACACUGACCGACGAGCAGUUCCUCACACAGCUUCAUUCUCCGGUAACUACAGUGACGACUCUGUGUGCUGAGGCCCGAGAGGCAGCACAGAAACUCCUCAACCACUAUGUCAAGGUUCAGGGUCUAAUCAUCUCUCAGAUGUUGAGGAAGAGUGUGGAGACACGGGACUGGGUGAACACCAUCGAGCCGCGGAAUGUCCGUGCAGUCAUGAAGAGAGUGGUGGAGGACACGACGGCUAUCGACGUCCAGGUGGGCUUGCUAUAUGAGGAGGGGGUGAGGAAAGCCCACAGCAGUGACUCCAGUAAACGCACGUUCUCUGUCUACAGCAGCUCCAGACAACAGCUACGUUACGCCCCCAGUUACACACCCAGUGCUCCGAUGGACACUAACCUGCUCAGUAACAUCCACAAGCUUUUCUCUGAGAGAAUCGACAUCUUCAGCCCUGUCGAGUUCAACAAGGUGUCUGUGUUGACAGGGAUAGUGAAGAUCAGUCUGAAGUCUCUGGUGGAGUGUGUGCGUGUGCGCUCGUUUGGUCGGUUCGGGUUGCAGCAGGUGCAGGUGGACUGUCACUACCUGCAGCUCUACCUGUGGCGCUUUGUCUCAGAUGAGAACCUCGUCCACUUCCUGCUGGAUGAGAUCGUGAGCAGCACAGCGCACCGCUGCAUAGAGCCGGUCCCCAUGGAGCAAAGUGUCAUCGAGCUCAUCUGUGAGAGGGGGUAGAGCUGAGGGGCAGAGUGCUGGGGGGUGGGGUGUGAUGUGUGUAAGUGAUAGCUGUGUGUAGCUCGUCUCGGCUGUUUGUGAACAGUAAUAUGUAACAUAAUGUAAUAUUGAAUUGAAGCUGUGUGUGAGUGUGAUAUUCUGGGACUCGGGUUAAAACACUUUUCUUUCUCUUAUUUGUUUUCUCCAAAUCCGUGAAUGAACAUUAGUGAGCAUUAAAGUAUUUACCUGAUUAAAUAAAUAAUAAUGAAAUGAAUUAUAAAUAAAGUCCCUCUCAUUA